CACAGAGCUGCUUUGUUGUUCCGAUGAGAAACACGGAAGAGAAGAAAAGAGUUAUGGGUUGGACUAGUAGUGGCCUAAUUUUAUGAAAACUAUUGAGCCAGCUUAAAGGUGGGAACACUACUUAUGCAAGAAUGUGGGAUGGUCCCACCCGAUGGAAAUGCGAUCAUUUAUUUUACACUUCAACACCCAGCCCACCACAUAUUUUUGACAGCCAGCUAGUUCCUUUUGCCCAUUAGUUUGCAAGGAUUUGGAAGUCCAAAAUUUUCCUGAAAUGAAUUAGCCCAUAAAAAGACACCCAUGUUAGCCAUAAGCCAUCCAAGUCAGCCCAUUACUCGUCUCACUUCUUUGGAUGGCACCCUAUUUGAGUAUCCUCAUCUCUAUCGAUGAUUUGCGAAUAGUUUGUUUCUGUCACACGUUUAAAUAUUGUCUCUGUUAAUCCAUCUGAUCAAUCAAUUUAUGAUUGUUUAUCGCUCCUUUUAUUAUGUUUCUAUUUACAUUUUUCGUUAUAUCAAAGACCCACUAUUCUACCCUCUUCACUACUUUUCCUCUUCUUUUCUUACCGUUUGUGUGCCUAUUUAGAUACUAAUUGGGCCGGUGAUCCUAUUUAUCGAUGCUCCACAAUAGGGAUUGCUUCUCUCUUGGUGACACUUUCUAUCUAUCUAUCGGUAUUAUAUAUAUAUAUAUAUAUGCUUCUGAAAAUAAUUUGAUGGCUUAAUGUGGUGCAACUAUGUAAGUGCACAAGAAUGUUGUCUCCAGCGUAAUGUAGACUUAUUGUGUCGUAUUCUUCAUCAAACCUUGUUCCAGCCCUCUCCAAAAAAACCUUAUGCUAAUCAAAUUAUUUGCUCCUUUGCAAGUGCAUCAUAAUGAACUACGAUCAAACAUUACGGGCAAGGCAUUGUCUCGUAUAACAAUCCAGGCCAUUACUAAUAUGAACCAAACCAUGAUGGUGUGUAAAGUAUGUGAGUAUUUUUAUCAAACACCAGGUAGACAGAUAUCUUGUUUGCUUUUUAUAUUCAGUGAGAUCAUAGACAUAAAAGAUAACAAAGAGAUAGUACCAUCAUCGUUCACAUAAACGUAGAGAGGUAGAAUAGAACUUUCAUCCCAUUCGGCUUACGCACCGAAUCUCUUCUCUUGGUCUUUCAUAUAUACCCAUUUCUUUUGCUGUUUUCCUUGGACCAUAAUACAGUCCGAGACUGUGACCCUAACACAAAUAGUAGGGAGAUGAGUAAACUACCUAUUUUGCCCUUGCUUGGUUUCUUUCACUGUUGUUCUUCCUUUCUAAAAACUAAUACAAACAUUACAAAUUAUUAAUCAUAAUAUUUGUGACUAUGAAAUUACUUUAUAAGGAUUAGACUGACUGUUUUCUGGAGGGCUUCCCCCCCAGAUAUUGGGCCCAUCCCAUGAUGUGGCAAAAUCAGUCUGGCCCAUAUAAAUUGGAUCGGGGGGUAAAUCUGGUACCUACCUUCCUUAUCAGAAUCUAACAGCAGCAUUUUCAAAAUAUAACCGGCCUCCAUUUUUGAAGGAUGGUGAUCGUUGGAGAUUUAUAGAAAGAGAAAACAGUAUUUCGUCUAAUACUCCGAAAACGAUAGCCGUUGCUCUCCUGGAGUGACUGAUUCAUCUGCUUGUAACAUUUAACUUAUUCCACGGAGAGGUAGCUGAAGAAAGAAUCGAAAUAAGAUGGCCACAAGAAAGUUAACGGAAUCAUCAUCAUCAUCCUGGUUGCCAAAACCUACAAUAUUCUCAACACAAAUCCAAAUCCGAAUUGACGGCAUCCUCUUCACUGUUGACAGGGACCUUUUGGCAGCAAAAUCAGCCAAAUUUACCGCGUUACUUGAAGAGAAUCCCAAUGAAGAUGCCUCUAAUUUACUAAGAGACAUACCUGCUGGUCCAGAAGCUUUUGAGCUUGCUGUGAGAUUCUGUCAUGGUGUUGAAGUGAAGCUGGCAGCUGAAAAUGUUGUACCUCUCACCUGUCUUGCUUACUUUCUUGAGAUGACCGAAACUCACAGCACCAAUAACCUACUGAAGAAAGCUCUAACCUAUUUUGAGCAGAGAAUCCUUCCUAGCUGGAAUCAAUCGGUUAAGGCCCUCAGGGCCUCAGAAAGUGUUCUUCAACAGGCAAUGAGUCUUGGCCUGAUCGAUGCCUGUGCUGAGACCAUCAUCACGAAGGUGCUGGCUAAUCCCACCCUUCUUGGGGAACCAACAGGGGGUUUGAACAAUGAUGAUGAGAGCGAGGACAAGGAAAACGUGCAUAAGAAAAAUGCGAGGAGGCAGCUUUUUGGCUUUGAACAGCAGCUGGAGGAUUUGGUCACAUUGUGCCUGCAGCUUUACAAGCCACUCAUUCAGGCAAUGAUUCAGCGACGAGUCCCUCCAGAGUAUACUGCAGCAUCUCUGUGUCAAUAUGCAAAGCAAUGGGUUUUUCCCUGCAGCAAAAGAAGGGAUGGAAUGUCAAUUCACAAGAGGAACUCCCAAAGAGAAGUGAUUGAAGCAGUGGAAAGACUUUUGCCUUAUGAGAUAGGAAUCGUACCUUGCACACUCUUCUUUGAAAUGCUGCAGUCUGCAAUAUUGCUGGAAGCCAACUCCGAUUGUAGAGAAGGAUUCGAGAUUCGAAUCGGGAAACAACUUGACAAGGCUACAGUCAAAGAUCUGUUGAUCCCUUCAAAAGGGUAUGCUAAAGAGAUGGAAUAUGACCUGGAAUGCGUGAGAAGGAUUUUGAAGAACUUUUACUGCAACUACAAACGCUCAGACAUGUCUGGGCUAAUUACAGUGGCAGAGCUUGUGGAAAAUUUCUUGGCAGAGGUUGCGAGUGAUGAGGAUCUGAAGAUAAGCAAUUUUUUAUCGCUCGCAGAGAUGUCGACUUCGGUAUCCAUGGGAGUACAAAGAAGCUCUGACGGAAUAUACAGAGCCAUUGACAUCUACUUAGAUAAGCACAGUCAUUUGACAGAAUCAGAGAAAGAAGAGGUAUGCGGAGUACUGGAUUGCAAUAAGAUGUCCCCGGAAGCUUGCCAGCAUGCCGUGCAAAAUGACCGGCUGCCACUGCGAGUGGUGGUGCAGCUGCUCUUUGUGGGGCAGCUGCAGCUGAGAGACACCAUUACAAAGGAGGUGCAGGAUUCAGAUGAUAGAUUGAGAAAGUUGGAGGCAGAGGAAGAGGAAGAGAUGGCAAGGGUGAGCAGUUGGGAAGAAGAAGGGCGAACAGAGAUGCAGAAAAUGGGCAGCAAGGUAAUGGAGUUGGAGAAAGAAUGCUACAUGAUGAGGAAAGAGAUCCAGAGUGAAAGCUGCAGCAAAGUGAAGAAGCAGAAAGGUGGGAUGUGGAGAGAUGUGAAGAGGAAAUUUGGGUGCAUGAGUGGUAUGCGUGAUUGUGAUUGCCAUAUCAAGAAGAAGAAGGUACAUUCAGGGCAGUGAAAAUGAAGAUUAGUUUAAUCAAUCCAAUGUUUGAAUUUUGAAAAGUAGUAAGUCAAAAUUUUCUACUCUCAACUCAAUCAAUUUGGUUCUUACAUAUUUCAAAAACCAUA